GCCUUUUACUUCACGUGUGCGUCUGCUGCGCUGCCAUCGUGAGAGGAAACCAUGCCGAAGUCAAAGAGGGACAAGAAAAUUUCAUUAACGAAGACAGCCAAGAAAGGACUGGAGUUGAAACAGAAAUUAAUCGAGGAGUUACGGAAAUGUGUGGACACCUACAGAAACUUGUUCAUAUUCUCUGUGGCCAAUAUGAGGAAUAACAAGCUGAAAGACAUCAGGACAGCAUGGAAACACAGCAGAUUCUUCUUCGGCAAAAAUAAAGUCAUGAUGAUCGCCUUGGGUAAAGGAGAAACAGAUGAAUACAAAGAUAAUUUGCACAAGGUCUGCAAAUAUCUACGAGGGGAAGUGGGUGUACUAUUCACAAAUAAAACAAAGGAUGAGGUACAAGAGUAUUUCAAUCAUUUCAAAGAGAUGGAUUAUGCGCGAGCUGGCAACCAGGCACAGAUGGAUAUAACUCUGGAUGAGGGACCCCUGGAACAGUUUCCUCACUCAAUGGAGCCCCAGUUGAGGCAAUUGGGACUUCCUACCGCUCUCAAGAAAGGAGUGGUAACACUGCUGAAGGACCAUGAGGUCUGUAAGGAGGGAGAUGUGCUGUCUCCUGAGCAGGCUCGUAUUCUGAAACUCUUUGGCAUCGAGAUGGCAGAAUUCAAGGUGCAAAUCAAAUGUAUGUGGAACUCAGAAACAGGCGAGUUUGACAACUUUGCUGGGGAGGAAGAGUCUAUGCAGGAGAAUGAAGAUGAUGAAGAAGAUGACGAUGCAGAAUAAAACAUCGGCAUGGGCAGGGGCUUGUUACACGUCUGUUUUUAAAAGUCUUUUUGCCAACCUCAACACCAGAGGGACAUUGAUGUUGAAACCAUUCAUCCUGACUGCCUGUUCUGCCCCUGGACUCUUUGUUAAUCUCUCUCAUCUGUCUUGCUUUCACCCCAAAACAUGAACUUCUGUCCUUCCCCCUGAAAUUUAGCUUUGGACUGAAUUGUUGUUCAGGAGACACUGGUGACUGGAGCCAAGACUCAACAAUCUUGUACAUGUAAUCAUCUUGAUGCCACUUGGUUUGUCAAGAUUUGUCAAUGUAAUGACAAAAAUAAUUGUAUUCCAUGCAAGUACUUUGCCAUGCAGCCAAAACAAAUAAGCACAUACUGUUUCAUGUGUUAGAAAUACCCAUUUGAUGCAUUUUAUGUGUAAGAAAAACAUUUUGUUGACAUCAGAAAUUUUUGUUAUCUUUUUAAUGUACCAGUUUAAUUAAGGCGGGCUCCAGAAAAAGUUAUUGCUCCCUGAAGAAAUAUCUUGUCAUUUUUACAUUUAUACAUCAACACUGAAAUGCUCUUGCAUAUUACAUAAUGGUUUCCAAUUGAUGCAACAAAAAAAAUUGCAAACUAUUAAGUAACUGAAAGGAAUGGGGCUUUAGCAGAUCUCUGUAAAAAGUUGAAUUAUAUUUGAUUGGACUGUAAUGGAGAUUUUGGCUCUACAAUAAAAAAGAGGGUCCUCAUCUGAA